CCCCCUCCCUCUUUUCCGCGCUCCGCUCCCUCCUUCUGGAUUUUACUAGCCGUUCCCGAAGCAGCUCUACACACCAUGGAGCUCCACGUUCUUUGGCAGGAAGUGUGCCCGGACUGAGACCGCAGACUUUGCUCCCGCGGCAAAAGAUUGGAUCAAAUAGUUCAUCCCACCAAUUCCAACUCCUGGUGACCGAUACGACAGAGCAGAUCUGCCCCAUGGGGUUCCCAAGACUGCCAUCUUCACAAAAGCAGACCUGGCUCCCACUGAGAAGGAUGCUGAAGAAACCCUCUCCUGUUCGUGAAGCCAGACACUAAGGAUGCUUCACACAUGAACUAUGCUGAAGUGAACCUCUGAGCCAUUUCCUGUAGAAAGAGAAGGACGCCAACAUGGAAGAAAAAGCGGCACCCACAGUUUUCAUUCUGCUGCUUUUGGUCAACGUCAAUUUGCUGAAUGGACAGUCACCUCCUGGGAAACCUGAGAUUUCUAAAUGCCGUUCUCCUGAUAAAGAAACUUUUACCUGCUGGUGGAAGCCUGGGCCAGAUGGAGGACUUCCUACCAAUUAUACUUUGACUUACCACAAGGAAGGAGAGACGGUCACCCACGAAUGUCCAGACUACAAAACAGGCGGCACCAACUCCUGUUACUUUAACAAGCAGCACACCUCCAUGUGGCUGUUAUACACCAUCAUGAUAAACGCCACUAACCAGAUGGGAAGCAGUUCCUCAGAUCCACAUUAUGUGGAUGUGACUUAUAUAGUUGAACCAGAGCCUCCUGUGAACCUAAUUUUAGAAGUAAAACAGCCAGAAGACAGAAAACCUUAUCUCUGGAUAAAAUGGUUUCCACCCAAACUGGGUGAUGUAAAGUCUGGUUGGCUCACACUCCUGUAUGAAAUCAGAUUAAAACCUGAGAAAGCAGUUGAGUGGGAGAUCCAUUUUGCUGGGCAACAGACUCAGUUUAAAGUCCUUAGCUUAUAUCCAGGGCAGAAAUACCAGGUCCAGGUUCGCUGCAAGCCAGAUCAUGGAUUUUGGAGUGAGUGGAGCCCUGCGAGUUCUAUUGAGAUACCGAGUGAUUUCACCAUGAAAGAUGUAACCGUGUGGGUCUUUGUAGCUGUUCUUUCUGCUGUCGUUUGUUUGAUUAUGGUCUGGGCAGUAACUUUGAAAGGCUACAGUAUGGUGACCUGCAUCCUUCCGCCAGUUCCUGGUCCAAAAAUAAAAGGAUUUGAUACUCAUCUGCUGGAGAAUGGUAAAUCUGAAGAAAUGCUGAGUGCCCUCGGAUGCCAAGACUUUCCUCCCACUUCAGAUUGCGAGGACUUGCUGGUGGAGUUUUUAGAAGUGGAUGACAAUGAAGACCAGCAGCUAAUGCCAGCUCACUUGAAAGAACACCUAAGACAAGGCUUGAGACCCACUCGUUUAGAUCCUGACACUGACUCUGGCCGGGGCAGCUGCGACAGCCCUUCCCUUCUGUCUGAAAAGUGUGAGGAAGCCCAAGAAAAUCCUAUGUUCCACACGCCGGAGGUCACUGAGAAGUUAGAGAAUCCAGAAGCCAAUAUUACCUGUCCCUGGGACCUCCAGGACAUACACUUGGAAGAUAAAAUACCCUAUUUUUAUGCUGGUGGAUCCAAAUCAUCAACAUGGCCUUUAGCCCAGCCCCCUGGCCAACACAACCCUCGCUCUUCUUACCACAACACUGCAGAUGUUUGUAAGCUGGUCCGGGCUCCUGUGAGUGCUGUCACCGUGCUGUUGGAUAAAACAGAAGAGGAUGCUGUACAAGCCUCAAAACCCAGUGAGACUGGAGGGGAGGAAAAGGGAGACAAGUCAAUGGAGGCAGAAAGCUUCCAUUCCAAGACUGGCCAUGAUACAGCAUGGCGGCUGCCCCAGCAGAAACCCCCUUUUCCCUCUGCUAAACCCUUGGAUUAUGUAGAAAUCCACAAGGUCAACAAAGAUGGAGCACUCUCUUUGCUACCAAAGCAGAAGGAGAGCAGCUGCUAUGAGACAGAGAAGCCUGGUCCUCCAGAAUCCAAUAAGGAAUAUGCUAAGGUGUCCAGGGUGAUGGAUAACAACAUCCUGGUCUUAGUGCAAGAUCCUGGAGCUCAAAGUGGGGCGUCGUUGGAAAAACAAGCCAAGGAGGCUCCUCCAGCAUCCCAACAGCUUCAAGCUGAGAAAAACCUGGCCUGCUUCACUGCAACACCAAACAACUGCAGACUCCAGAUGGGAGGCUUGGAUUACCUGGAUCCUGCGUGUCUUAUGCACUCCUUUAACUGAUAGCUGGACUCAUGGAAUGAUCGAUUACAAUGUGAUUUUUCUUCAGGUAACACUACAGCGUCAAUGAAAUGCCAUCUAGUAGAGAAUGUUCCAGAACGUGGUUAGCCUGACACUAGUAAAUCUCACUACUUUCCAUGUUCCACCCAUUCCUUUUCAGAUGCUCCGUUUUCAGCCAGGUCCCUUUCCCCGACAGCUGGUAAUGGAACAAAUCAUCUUGUUUCUUAAUUGUGAUUUUCAGAUUUAUUUUUUGCUACUCGCUAUAAAUUGAUGUGAUCAAAGAAAUGAAAACACAUUGCUUAGGAUCUCUUAGGGCCAGUGCCAUAGGUAGCUCCCUUUGGAGAAGGUUCUCAUGGCUUGGUGAAUGAUCGAGAGAAACAAAAUAGUCAGCACUGUUUACCACUGGCAGGUGAACGACAGGGAGGAGAUGCCAGGAAAACUUCUUUGGGGAACGAAUUGCUUCACCUGUGCACAGCUCUUUCAUUCUAUUAAUCCUAAAUUUGUGAGGAGUUAUCAAACACAACACACUCAAAGAAAGAAUGCAUUCCAGAGCAUUUGGCAAAUUGUUUACAUAGUCCCUAUACCUUACUGCAGAGAUGCAAGUAAAAGUGAUGCCUCCAAUUUUUUCUUAAAAUAGUUUAAAUGUAGUGAACAUUGAUUUCCCCCCUCAAUUUUAAUGCAUCCUUCCUCCUCUAGAGAAUAUAGUUUUACAAAGUAAAAUUUUCUUAUAUGAGAGGCCAAUAAAUUUCAUGUGGUAAAUUCA